AUGUCUUCCAAGUUGUUUGCUGUCGUCGCUGGUGCUGGCCCAGGCACGGGAAGAGCUUGUGCUAUCCGUUUCUCCAAGGCCUACCCCGUGGUGCUUCUGACUCGUACACCCGAGUCGUACCAGGAGACCGUGGCCGAGAUUAACAAGGCUGGUGGCAAAGCGAUCGGUAUCAGUGCCGAUACUUCGGAUGUCAAGUCAGUGGACUCAGCCUUCGAGAAGAUUGCAAAGGAGUUACCAGGUUUUAAGCUUGCUGCGGCUGUUUAUAAUGUCGGUGCUGGAUUCCAGAGGAAGCCAUUCCUUGAACUGAGCGUUGAAGACUUCGAUGUUGCUGUCGGUGGUAAUGCUCGCGGCCUCUUCAACUUUGCUCAGAAGACUCUUCCACUACUCUUAGACGCAGUAACAGAGUCAGAGCAUCCACCUACCCUACUCAUCACAGGUGCUACGGCUUCUAUCAGGGGUUCAUAUCUGUUCUCAACAAUGGCUGCUAGCAUGUUUGCUCGGCGAGCUCUUGGACAGUCUCUGGCACGCGAAUUUGGACCUAAGGGAGUACAUGUAGCCCAUGCUAUUGUCGACGGAGUUAUCGAUAUACCUCGAACGAGUCACUAUAACCCUAACGAUGGCGCCGAAGAUGGCAAGAUCAGGGCGGAUGCGAUCGCUGAGAGUUACUGGAACUUACACACCCAGCACCGUUCCGCGUUCACACAGGAGAUAGACAUACGACCCUAUGUUGAGAAGUUCUAA